CCUUCUCAUUCCUUCUCCAAUGCCCCACUGGCUGUCACCGCCCCCCAAACCAUAAAUAGCCCCCUCUCGCCGCUGUCAUAAGGAGGGAGGCGUGUCAUCGGGGGGCGGGCAGAAGGCCGGCGCAGCGCUCCUGCCACUCCGUUCGGCCAGUCGAGCGCUUGACAGAGCCGAGUCCGCACUCACGCGAGCGAGCGAGCACGCCGGGAGGAUUACCGCUCUUCUGGGGUCUCGUACUGGAAUACAGUUUGGUCCUGCUGGCCUGGCUGGCUGGCAUCGCCGUUUUUGGACGAGCCGACCGGAGCUUGGAGAGCAGCACUCCGCGCGACUUCGGAGCCCCAGAUCAUGCCCCCAAGAUAGCAGGCUGACCAUAAGAAUGCCACCCCGAAAGCGGGCACGCCCCGCUCUGGGGUUCCUGUGCUGCUUCGGGAGCAGCGAUCACCCUGAGAUUAAUCUGAAGGACACGGUGCCCCUGCAGUACCUGGAGUUUACAGUGCCUAUGCCACCUGCCGAGGAACUGCACGCCCGCUUCUCGGAGCUUGUGGAUGAGCUGGACCUCACGGACAAGAACCGAGAGGCGAUGUUUGCCCUUCCAGCCGAGAAGAAAUGGCAGAUUUACUGCAGCAAGAAAAAGGAGCAGGAGGACCCCAAUAAACUGGCCACCAGCUGGCCCGACUAUUACAUUGACCGGAUCAACUCUAUGGCUGCUAUGCAGACGCUGUUCGCCUUUGACGAAGAAGAAAUGGAGAUGAGGAACAAAGUUGUGGAAGACCUGAAGACGGCGCUGCGGACCCAGCCGAUGAGGUUUGUGACUCGAUUUAUUGAGCUGGAUGGACUGACCUGUCUGCUGAACUUCCUGAAGAGCAUGGACUACGAGACCUCGGAGAGCCGCAUCCACACCUCGGUGAUUGGCUGCAUCAAGGCGCUCAUGAACAACACUCAGGGCCGUUCGCAUGUCCUGGCACACCCCGAGAGCAUCAACAUCAUCUCGCAGAGCCUCCGGCAGGACAACGUCAAGACCAAGGUGGCGGUGCUAGAGAUCCUGGGGGCCGUGUGCUUGGUGCCUGGUGGGCACAAGAAGGUGCUGCAGGCCAUGUGCCACUACCAGAAGUACGCCGCCGAACGAACCCGCUUCCAGACCUUGCUGAAUGAGCUGGACAGGAGCACAGGGCGCUACCGGGACGAGGUCAACUUGAAAACUGCCAUUAUGUCCUUCAUCAACGCCGUCUUGAAUGCUGGUGCAGGAGAGGACAAUCUGGAGUUUCGAUUGCACCUGCGGUACGAGUUCUUGAUGCUGGGGAUUCAGCCUGUAAUUUACAAGCUACGAGAACACGAGAAUGCCACUCUGGACAGGCACUUGGAUUUUUUUGAAAUGGUCAGAAAUGAGGAUGACCUGGAGAUGGCCAAGCACUUUGAUGCGGUGCACCUCGACACCAAGAGUGCCACCCAGAUGUUUGAGGUGGUCAAGAAGAGGUUGACGCACACAGACUGCUACCCGCAUCUCCUCUCCAUCCUGCAGCACUGCCUUCAGAUGUCAUACAAGCACAGCCACAGCAAUCUCCAGCAAUGGCAACUGUUGGACCGCAUUCUGCAGCAGCUGGUCCUUCAGGAUGACAAAGGUGACGAUCCAGACGUGGCGCCGCUGGAGAACUUCAGCGUCAAGAACAUCAUCCGCAUGUUAGUGAAUGAGAACGAAGUCAAACAAUGGAGGGACCAGGCCGAAAAAUUCCGGAAAGAACAUGCAGAAUUACUGGCUCGACUGGAGAAGAAGGAGCGGGAGUGUGAGACGAAGACACAGGAGAAGGAAGACAUGAUGAAGACGCUCAACAAGAUGAAGGACAAGUUGCAGAAGGAGUCCACUGAGCUGCGACAUGCCCGUGAGCAGGUGGUAGAUCUGGCAUCCAGAAUCAAUGACUAUGCGGGUGUGUCUAUCCCUUUUCCUCCCCCACCUCCACCUCCUGGUGACCCCUUAGCCCCCCCUCCACCCCCUCCUCCUUUGUCAAUUGGAGGCUGCCCACCUCCUCCCCGAUGCCCUACUCUUCCGCCACCCCCACCUCCCCCUCCGCCCCCACCUGGAGGACCCCCUCCUCCUCCUGGUGCACCUCCUUUCUUCAGCGUUGGAGUGCCACCUCCUCCUGGGCCACCCAUUGGCAGCAACACGGCCCCCAGUCUACGGACAAAGUGCAUUCCUCAGCCUUCUCAUCCGCUGAAGUCCUUCAACUGGUCCAAGCUCGGAGAGAAUAAAAUCAAUGGGACCAUUUGGACUGAGAUUGAUGACGUGCGAGCCUUCAAGGUGCUCGACCUUGAAGAUUUUGAGAAGAUGUUCUCAGCCUACCAGAGGCAGCAGGACCUGCUCACUAACGCUUCCUUCAGGCAGAAGGAGAUGGGCUCCAUGGACGACUUAUUCCUUCCCAGCCGCAAAGUCAAGGAGCUGUCUGUGAUCGACGGCCGACGGGCUCAGAACUGCGUCAUCCUGCUGUCCAAGUUGAAACUUUCCAAUGAAGAAAUAAAGCGUGCCAUCUUGGAGAUGGACGAACAGGAAGACCUUGCCAAGGAUAUGCUGGAGCAGCUGCUCAAGUUUGUUCCUGAGAAAAGUGACAUCGACCUCCUGGAGGAGCACAAGCACGAGAUCGAGCGUAUGGCCAGAGCUGACCGCUUCCUGUACGAGAUGAGCAGGAUUGACCACUACCAGCAGAGGCUCCAGGCUUUGUUCUUCAAGAAGAAGUUCACAGAGCGGCUAGCGGAGACGAAGCCCAAGGUCGAAGCCAUCCUGAGUGCCUCCCGUGAAGUUUGUCGCAGCAAGCGGCUCAAGCAAAUUUUGGAGGUGGUGCUCGCCUUCGGCAACUUCAUGAAUAAGGGGCAGAGGGGCAACGCCUUUGGCUUCAAGGUUUCCAGCCUCAACAAAAUUGCCGACACCAAAUCCAGUAUUGACAGGAAUAUCACCAUGUUGCACUAUUUAAUCAUGAUCUUCGAGAAAAGCUACCCAGACAUCCUCAACAUUCAGCAAGACCUCCAGAGCUUGUCAGAGGCGGCCAAAGUCAAUUUGGCUGAGCUGGAGAAGGAAGUCCUCAGUGUUAAGAGUGGACUGAAAGCCCUGGAGACGGAGCUGGAGUACCAGCAGCAGAGCCGAGUCCGUGACCGAGGGGACAAGUUUGUGCCGGUGGUCAGCGACUUCAUCACGGUGGCCAGUUUCAGUUUCUCAGAGCUGGAGGACCAGUUGAAUGAAGCCAAAGACAAGUUCAUGAAGGCCCUGAAGCACUUUGGCGAGGAGGAGAGCCGCCUGCAGCCCGAUGAGUUCUUUGGGAUCUUCGACACGUUCCUGCAGUCGUUUGGUGAGGCGAGGCAGGACCUGGAGAACAUGCGGCGCAAGAAGGAGGAGGAGGAGCGGCGGGCACGUAUGGAGGCCAUGCUCAAGGAGCAACGGGAGAAGGAGCGGCGACUGAAGAAGACGAAGGCCGGCAGCAUCUCGGAGGAGGGCGGCGAGUUCGAUGACCUCGUGUCUGCCCUGCGCUCAGGGGAAGUCUUCGACAAGGACCUGUCCAAACUCAAGCGAAACCGCAAGCGCUCCGGAAGCCAGCUGAUCGAAAAUGGCAGCCGAGAGCGGGCCGUCACCAAAGUCACCUAUUGACCGGCGGCACUCAGCUGGCCUGCACAUCCCCCUGCCCUAUAACUAACUCAAAUGGACGGACAGGCGGCAGGGGUUGGCGUUUAGCUGUGGUCCCUCAAAAUGAACUCCCUAGAUUGGUGGAGGAAGGACGUGGAGAUGGCAGCGCAGUAUUUUGACUGGCAGGGAGCUGCCUCGCCCUCGGUGGGUGACUUUGUGGUAGAAGUGACUAAACUUCCGAGUCUGCAUCCCUGUGUGUCUUCUGACUGCCACGCACUGACUAUAAUCGUAUUGUCACUCACUUGGGUCGGCCUGAUGACACUCGAGACUCCAGUGUGCCCAGAGAAAUCGCACAGAGGGCACCUCUGAAAUCCGGGCUCACUCGAGGGCGAGGUUUAGAGCCAGCCAAGACCACUCAUUUGGGAGGUUAGUGUGCCCCUCAGGAUGCCCGGCACUGCCACUCGCAUUGGAGAGAGAAAAAGUGAAGUCAUGAUCAAGACAAGUGAGGUGGCACCGUCGAUAUGCCCGGGGGUCCAUUCCUGAUGUGAAAGGCGCUAUAUAAAAACAAUUGAGUGAGUCGGUGAGCCAAUGUGAGAUGGCAGGGCAGCAAUAAUAAUAAUGACUCUGACAGGUCGGGGCACAGGGAGUCGAUGCCAAUCCAAACAGGUGAAGCAGUGGUGCCAACUGCAAAAGGGGGCAGGUCACUUCAGUAUUAUAUAGUGCCUUUCAUUACAGGAACGAUAAAUGAUGAUCGCUAACAAUAAGAAAAUAUUUAGAGAAGCACAGGCCACUCGUCACCAGCUUGUGACCUCCUGGCACAGGUGAGGAACUGUGGGGCAGACAUGACAACCGGUGGGCAACACACACACACACACCCCCAGUGCGAUGAGAGCACUGACUUUACCUGCAUGGUGUUUAAAUGUGGGCAUCAAGUGAGCGGAUAUGCUGUACCCACCUGGGGCCCUGCCACUGGGGCCCUGGCACACUGACCACCGUGUGGCCUCUGUAAUAACCGUAGCUGUUUUGUUUGUGGCCAUUUCUCUAUUGACAGUACCUGUUUUAGGGUGGUGGGUGUUUUGGCAACAUCAGGGUGGGCUGACGUACCAGUCCAUUACAGGGCACACACACAAUGAGACAAUUGGCAUGAAUGCUUUUGGGAGGUCAGCGGAGAGGCUUAGGAAAUGCACAGGAAGAACACGCACUGGGCAGGCAGAUGGUGACCAGGGUAAGAGAUGAACCCCAGGACUGGCAUGGUAAUCACUGUGCCACACCUGUACACUCAGCGAGCUCAUGGACUUCACUGGCACAGAAAACAAUGGAGAGAGCAUGCAGAUGGUAACCAGGCUAAGAAGUCCUCACAACUUUGUGCCAGGUCCAUACCCACUGUGCCAGCACAGUAAUAAUUCUAGCUACUCCAUUUGUAUGCAUUUCUGAAUUUACAGUGCCCACUUUAUCCAGUUUUAGGGUGGUGGGCAUCAUGGCAAGAAUCUGAGCUGAGGGGUGCCAGGCCAUCAUCACAGGGCACACGCUCGCAUGUAUUGAGACAGUCAGCCUUACCUGAAUGGGACCGGAGACCCUCAAGAAAGUCCACCAGGGUGAGAGUUGAGCCCACGGCCCUGGAACUGCUGUGCCACCACAGUCUCUGCUGGGGACAUUUUAAAGUGCCUGCUUUAACCAGGGCUGUGGGCAGGGUGGGGUGCCAGUUCUCUGCAGGGCACACACACCCACACAAUGAGACAGUUGGCCUCACCUGAAGGGUUAUGGGGUGUAGAAGUUCAGUGGAGGUUAGGGCAUGGUGCCCAUCGUGCCACACACAUAGAAUGAGACGAUUGUGGCACAGAGCUUUGAUGUGUUUGGAUGUGAGUGCCAGCUGCAGAGGGUGAUUACAUUUCACACGGACAGGAGUCGGGAUGACCUUGGACUGGUGGGCCAGGUAUGUUGACCACUGUGCCAUCCAAGUAUGCGUUACAGUUGCCCAGUGUCUGGGAAUUUUUCUACUGCUUUAUCUAGUUUUAAGGCUGUGGGCAUCAUGGCAAGAAUCAAACCUGGGCACAGUACCAGUCCACCACAGGGCACCGUCACUCGCUCACGUAAUGACAGUACAGGAGUCAAUUUGGAGACCCACAGGGAGGUUUGUGCCCAGUAUAAGAACUGCACUCCGGUCCCUGGCAGUGUGCCCUCCACCACAGCUGAGGUGCCCACCUUUUCCAUGAUGCUCACAGCUCUGUUUCUUGGUGGUCCGCGCUCAGGCUGUUCCAGUCAUUGUCACCCACUGAGGACUGACGAGUUUAUGGUCUGACUUGCUGCUUUGACAGCCAAUGAAUUGUUGCCACUCUGCCAUCCUGUUCAGGGGCACAGAGAGCCAGAGGCUACGCCCACAGUCAGUCAAACUUUAUUUUUGAUCGCACCUUCACUGAUAACUGUAGGCUCAAGUCUGUAGGGGGCACCCGUUGGUUUUCUUUGUGUAUUUAUGCCAAUAAAUGCCACUUUAAGCUGUCGAGAAGCUGGCACGGCACAUUCUUCUGUCCAAAAUGGCACAGUUCAGAUAGCUUGAGAAAGCUGCUCUUGUUUCCAGUGAGUGGCAUCCAUGGAUACGCAAGUUAGUGCCCACCACUCUGAUUCAGGUAGAGAGGUGGCAGCACUAAAGCACCAGCUUCCUGACAAGACUGAACACAAACGUGGCCUGUUUACACGCGGGUGCCCUCGCGGUGCCACUGCCACCUCCUUCGGCUUCAGUGUUUUAUACGGCGCCUUUCACAGUAGGCUAGCCCAGGGCUCUGCCACACUUGGUGACAUGCAGCUUCUCCAGGUGCCAAGGACUCUCGUAAACUCACAGAGGUGGCACUGUCAUCCCUGCUGGUGGGCUCGGGACCCCCUCUUCUGCAGGACUUGCUUUGUCUCUCUCCUGGCCACAGGUCCACUUUGCUCAGUUGGUGGUCUACGGUACGCACAGCACAUGGCUAAUGGACGGCAAGUGGUGGUCCUGGUCAGCAGUGACUCCUCUUUCAACAUGAACUUCCACUAAUGCCCACAGGGGGCGCGGUACCAGUAAACUGCAUUGGCCUUUGAUAUUCUGCUGUCUAUCAUCGUCUUCCUUCUUAUUGUUUAUGCAUCUCAGCUACCUGGGCCCGCCCGUUGCCCCGCCCACUCGAGUCUCUCAGCUGUGAUUGGUGUGAAGAAAUGUCCAGUGGUGGGAUUGUGGAAUGAACAAGGUGACCCAGCAGCCAUACGUCACUUUUUAAGGGUCUGCUAUGCAAGUAAGGAAUGCCCCUCACCCAACCACUGAUGGUCCAGCAGGGACAACCCGUGCCAUCUGCCUGGUGGCACACCUGGUGAAAUGAAUUCAUCAUUUAUGGCAUUUCUCUGCAGACCACCUAAAGAAGUGUCUCUUGGGGGGCACAUUGCUGCUGUUGAAUUUCCUGCGUCUCACCACUUGGUGGCGUUCCUUCUUCAUGUGGCAGCGCCAGAGUGCGCCCCCUGCUGUCAAGACUGAAUAGCUGGGACUUGGACUGGCUUUGCUGUCCACCUGUUCCGGGGGUCUUCGCCAGAGAUGAUGUUUCACGUGCCAGAUGGUAGAGAUUGAUGCAAAUGAAGAGAAGUUUUUUACCUUUUGGUUUCCAAAAUGGGGGGCUGUCAGCACUCCAGCUGUUUGUUCACAGUGGUCUUUGUUUUGUUGAGUACGAGUGCUAAAGGGAAGUGGCUACCCUGUGUGUGUGUAGCUGGCCGAGCCCCUUGGCUGUGUGCUUCAUGGUCAGGAUGUUCUUCUCAACUUUGCACUUUAAAGAACAUCCACGUGACUUUUAAAGAGCUCACUGAUUAAAAACAAAAAGACCCCCAAGUGUCAGCAGCCCCCAGGGGGUCGUCACCAUGUUCUAAUGCACCAAACCCACACCAGCCAUGGCCUCUACCCGCCGUCUGCACUGACAAUCUGCCCGCCGGCUCCAGCCAACUGUCCAUUCACAUUCACUGCCUGCUGGGCACUUUAUAGGCUCCUCCUCUCCACUGUUGGCCCCACUCUGAUCAUUGGCUUUCCCCGCCCCUUGGCUACAGUAACUAUUACUGUUGCAUGACCAUAUUUUCCUUUCCCCGCCCCUUUUUUUAUGCUGAUACUCUACUUGCCCUUUUAGCCACUCCCACCCCGUUGGUGACCCCCUCCCACACAUUUGCCCCGCCUCCUUUCUCUGUUGUCUUCUUCUUCUGGCCACUCCCGUCACUGCACUGACCUUCAUUGCCCUGGUGUGUGUGUGUGUGUGUGUGUUGUCGGUCACCCUGUGAUGGACCAGCGCCCAGUGACUGCCCUGGAUAGGUGGGUUAAGAAGAUGGAUGCCUCCUAACCUGGUGGUGGGUGUGCUCUCUCUCUCUUUUCUCUUUUUAGUUCUUCCCUCAUAAACUCCGCCCCAUAUUGUCCCCGCCCCUUUCCUGCACUGUGUUGCCUCCUUUUUAAAGCCAAUUGUCUGCUGCCUUCCUGCCCCCGUCUUUCUCUAAUUGGCUGUAAUGAGUGGUCUAUUCAUCUCAAAGCCUCCCACCAUGUUUGUCUUGCCCCGCCCCUUACCUAUAUUGACAGUAUGUUUUGUCCAAUCCCAAGAGUCUCCUGGUCGCUACCAAUGGGAGUUCUUCCUCCCUCCCUUGCCUCAUGGAUGCUGUGCCCCCCUUGCCAGUUCAGACGGUUGUCCUGCACUAAACCUCGCUGGCCCCUCACAGCACUUGACUUUCUUUACCCGCUCCUAAGAUGUGCCCUAAACCUGAUUUUGUGCCAAGCACCUCGGGUCUGUAUUCUGAUCACCGGUGCCAAUGGGUCAGUUCAGCUUGCUGUUCUUUAUUAAAGCCCACCUACUCGUGUUGGUGUCACCCCUUUUUGACCAUUUCAUUUUUUGGGCACUCAUUUGAUGUGCCAUGCUUGGCCAGUGUUUGCCC